AUGGCCUCACCAGAGGUCUCAAACCGCCGCGCGCGCCCGCAGAGCACGCCGCAGGCUUUGCCGCAGGGCCAGGCCGAGUCGGGACACGUAUCUCUCGACACGCGCACCGCUAACGCGCCUGAGCCGGCUGGCCGCGGAAGGUACUCCAGCCUCCCGGCCCUGGCCAUCAAAACACUGCAGCAGGAGUUGGAAAACGUGGAAACAGUCGGCAGCUGGCUCGAAGAGGUCUUUGCAGCCAAGCUCGAAAGUUUACAGGCCCCGGAGGACGCCGCGCUUAGGAGAAUUGUUCUUGAACUUGACGACGUGAUCAGCGGCUGGUUCCUCAGUCGCACCCUCCCUGAAAAAGAGCGUUCGCGCUCCCCGUCGCGUUCGCCGACCAGUUCCAGCGAAAGGCGCAGCAUUUUAAUUACGAGGACGGGCACGGCGUCGUCGGCCUCUAAAGGCAGAGGCACGCCCACUAACAAAUCGGUCACAUGGGCCGAGCGAGCCGCCACGCCACCAGCGGCGGCCCCAACGCAAAUUUUAACCCCGGCCACGCGCUCGUACCCGAUACGUACGACGCCCGGCAAUGCACCUGACAGCUCCGCAACUCCCUCCCAAUCGGGCCGGGACCGCUCCCAAGCCCCGAAACGUUUGACAGAACAGCCGUCCAACCGCAUCCUGAUCCGCGUAAAUGACAAAUUGCGGAUGGUGACGAGGGAGCCAUACGCGGUAACGACCAAACUGGCCGAAUUGGUCUCGGUGCCAUACAGUGAAAUCCCAAACGCCAAGCGUACCCCCACGGGCUGGGGUGUUACGGUGGCCUCUGAGGAAACACGGCAAAAACUCCUCAACCCCAGCGCGGUCAAGGCCAUUAUGGACGCAUUGGACGCGCGGGAAGUCACUGUCCCGACAACCUGGCACACAUACGCCGUUUCUGGAGUGCCCCGAACGCUCAAUUGCCUGGACGGAAGAAAGGACGUACAUAAAGUAAUCCAGGAGGAGAUUACCGUGGCAGCAGGCCAGCAGCCAGUCAACUGGCAUAUUUCCAAACAUGGUUACGACCCACAUACGGCUGAGGGCACGUGGAUAGUGUCCUUCCUUCAACCCGUAAAGCCCUUUCAGCUUUUUGGAGUGUCGAAACGUGCGCGGAAGGUUGAAAAAUCACGCAAAAUUACACACCACCACGACGGUUGCCAGGGAUAUUGCGAAAUACGUCGCUGCGUACGGCAAGCGCGUUGCGGCAUAUAUGGUGAAGCAAAAUAUGCGACAGAGGAAGAGCCGUGCAAAGCAGCCCCCAAAUGCGUUAAUUGCCACGGCUAUUUCCCAUCCGGACAUGAGUAG